AUGGCAACAGGACAAACCUCCAACUCCAAGCAGGACCAGCUUGCCAAAGAUGCCAUGUUCCUUCUCGAACUCAUGCGUGACUCGCCUCAAGCGGUCCUUUUCCACAUCAGCCCGUACUGCCAAAAGACCGGCACCAAGCCGAACACUAUCGUGAAGCGCCUCAGCGAGAUCAAGAAGCGCAACAAGCUGAACAUCAUCACCACCACAAACCCGCCAGGCGGCCACGGCAACAGCUACACCUUCCCCAAGGCCGACAAUAACGGCGAGGCCGCACCCAAGGGCAAGCGUAAGCGAGCCUCCCAGUCUGUCAAGCAGAGUGUCCCAGAAGGACCCUUCGCAGGACCAGUCAAUGUGGAAACGAAGGACGCUCACGACAUGGGCACCGCCUAUGGCCUUCCUUCGCCCGCGGCGUCUGCUGCAGGAGGUUUCCCGGCACCCGUGACCGCCAGCAUCGCAACUAUGGCGCAGAUCCCCAGCUACAUGCCACAGAAACGGACCUUGGAUGACCGCGACAGCUUUGGCUUUGAGGCUGUGAACAAGAAGAUCAAGACGGAGUUCUGA